AUGAGAAGCCGUAUACUCCGUGACAUUAAGGCACGUCAAUUGGUCGCCGACAACGAAUUGACUCGUCAAGCUUAUCGCUACAUUACACGCAACGAGACUCUGCCAGCCCGUGUCCGCCAUCAGGCUCAACUUGCACUCAACAAUAUGCCCAAGCAAUCAUCCCAGGCUUACAUUAGCAACCGUUGCGUCGCAACAGGCCAUGGUCAAGGUAUCCUUCGAGAAUUCAAACUCUGUCGUUACCAAUUCCGUUUGAAGGCAUUGAACGGUGAGCUUCCUGGUGUCAAGAAGGCUUCUUGGUAG